AUUUCCAGUUCUUUCGGUGGUCCAUCCUUUAUUGCUUUAUCCAUUAGUUAGUAGUUACGAGUUACGACUGGACCGGGGGUCACUGGACUUCGGCAUUUUCUCUCUUCUCUCUCCGGCCCUGAGACAGACUGAAAAUGGAAGUUCGUUCGCCACAAACCAUUGCCCAGUUCAGAUGCGCUCCCACAACUCGAAAAAAUUACAUAUCCAGUUCCAUUGCCAAUGGUCAGCCCAAGAGAGCCCGGGUUAAGGAGCUACAAGGCAAAUUUUCUUCUCUGGCAGUCUCCAGAUCAUCAAGGAGACUGUUUUUGGAGUUUUUGGGAUUCAGUUCUGCCUUUCUACCUGUCUGUCCUGCUCCUGCAGCAGAAAUGCUAGAUAUGAAGGAAGUUGAAGUAAUUCGGACCCUGAAGCUGGCUAGUGGGGUGAGAGUUCAAGAUAUUAUUGAAGGGAAUGGGCCAGAAGCUCAUGAAGGAGAUCUUGUUGAAAUUAAUUAUGUCUGUCGACGUUCAAAUGGAUAUUUUGUCCAUAGCACUGUAGAUCAAUUCAGUGGAGAAAGCAAUCCUGUUACACUUCCUUUGGACAAUAAGCAGAUAAUAGAGGGCCUGAAGGAGGUCUUGAUUGGCAUGAGGGUUGGAGGGAAGAGAAGAGCAUUAAUACCUCCUACUGUUGGAUACAUAAAUGAAAACUUGAAACCAAUCCCUGAUGAGUUUGGUCCUCGACGUAGCCUUCUUUCUCAUGCAAAUGAACCUUUGGUAUUUGAGGUACAGCUUCUGAAGGUGCUAUGAGCUUAUACCAGUAUUACAAUCAGAGUUGGCUUUUGUAAGAUAUGUUUACAUAGUUCUGAGUUAUUUAUCAAAUCCUAGAAAGAAGCCAAAAAUGUUGAGAUUGUUCUUUAAGAAGCUUAAUGUCAUUUCUUUGAGGUCCUGAAGUUCCAGUCGGAAGUGUAUAUCUCUGUCUUUUUCCCAUCUAAAGCAUUGCGCAGUCAUGUUUUAUUAUCAGAGUUGCUUUGUUUCCUGUAAUUUUGUAAUUGUAACCACCUUGAAAAGGUAUUCAUUUCAGUACCGUCAACAUUUUUAGACUGCUCCAUGCUUCAGGAUUUUCUGCAGAGUUUUUCCCAUACAUUUAGGAAACCACCAUAUAAUAUGAUCUGUGUGGACAUUUUUUCUUCUCUCCA